UUCCAGGACCUAGCUGCGACAGUAACAUCUUGGCAACUAAAUCUGGGUUGUUGGCUUGGAGCUCUGUCGACAACGAGCGAUGCACAGUUGGGCCGACGCAUAACUCGCCACGAGCAGACCUGAUCACUGCACCUAACUACAUAUAAUAGAAUCCUGAUUCAUGAAACUACUAAAGCGGUGAGAAUCUUUCGGUUCGGAGACGACCUCCCAACUGCUUAUGUGCCAUGGUCGCUUCGCCUCCCUGGCGAGUUGCCAACAUUCAUGCCUAAGGCUACAGCUUAAGUCACUGUCCUGAUAGCGUCAAUGCGACCUGAUAGUGAGCAAAAUGCAAUACUCGCGAUGCCAGGAUUGGGCGUACAGCACACUGCGAACUACAGUGAGUGCGGCUUGUUUGCGCAUGAUAUCCACAUGCCUGUUCUUUACUACAUCUCUGCAGGGUCUUUACAAAAUCUGAGGCAAGGGCAGAUGCUUCUGCCCCUGGCGACGGUGAAGACGAGGAAAUGACAGACAAUGAGGGCAGUAUUACAUACAGCGGCGACGGCUACCCAAAGGCAACGAUGGGCUCGGUCCAACAGCCCAAGACGCCUGGCUCGCAGCCUCCCGAAGCGGUCUUUAAGAGCGCAGCCGAAGUAGCGGGUCAUCCCUGGGGCACGCCGCCUGCUAUCUACCAGACCCACACGCCUCCCGCUCCGGCUGCAGUGACGGAUGCGCAGCAGCAAGCCUCCGCAUCGCUGCCAAGCCCGCCCCGAGAUCACGUGGCCCCCAAAUCCUACGAAAGUGUCACCAUUGCGGUGGGUCGCAACUGCCCCCCGGCGCUCAAGCGUCCCGUGUGGCACGUGACGGAUUUCGAUCUCCGCAAACUGAUGUACAACGGCGCUAUCAGCAUGGUGUACCACGCCGUUGACAAGCGCUCCGGCAUCACGGUUGCCCUCAAACUCUACAAACGAAUCAAGCUAAAUGAGAUCGAGAGACACCAGGUUGCUCGUGAAAUCCGGCUGCACUCCGACCUGGCGCACGACUCCAUCAUCGCACUCUACGCCGCUUGGAAGGACCGAGCAUACGUCUACCUGGCUCUGGAGUGGGCCCCGGGGGGUGACGUCUACUCCUACCUCAAGAGCCAGCGCGGCCGGCUGGCGGAGGAGCUGGCGGUGCCGCUCAUUCUGGAGCCGUUCAUGGCGGGGCUGUGCGUGAUCCACGAGAAGGGCCUCAUCCACCGGGACAUCAAACCGGAGAAUAUGCUGCUCACCAACUCCUUCCAGGUUAAGAUCGCGGACUUUGGCCUCUCCAUCGACUCCAAACAAGAGAUCGCCAACACCAGGCUGGGUACCAUCGACUACCUGGCCCCCGAGAUCCUGGACUGCCCCGUCAAGCAGCACCCCGAGGACCACAAGGACCGCCCCGACACCGGCUACACCAACAAGGUGGACUGCUGGAGUGUGGGCGUGCUGGCGUACGAGCUGCUGGUGGGGCAGCCGCCCUUUGCUGCGCCUACCGCCCAAGAGACUCUGCGCCUCAUCCGAACCAAGAAGGUCGAGUACCCGGCGGGGCUGUCACCUGAGAGUGUGGACUUCAUGGCAAUUGUGUUGGUCCGCGACCCCGCGCUGCGUCCCAGCAUCGCCGAGCUGCUGGAUCACCCCUGGAUCCUGAAGUACAGCAGACGCGAGGGCGGCGGGCUGGCGCGGGCGCGCAACCGGCUGAUGCAACGGCGGCCGACCGUGGAUGGCGGCAUGCUGCUGCGGUCAAACACGACGGGCAUGGCGGCGCUCUUCCCUGCCACUCAGCAACCGCACUCGCCAAUGACGCAGCAGCAGCAACAGCAACAACAACAACAACAACAACUCUUCAUGCAGCAGCAACACCAAAUGAUGUUCCAGCAACAGCAGCAGCAACCGUUGCAGCAGCAACCGACCCAGGCGACGGAUGCCAACGCAACCUCCCACCACCACAUGCAACCCUCCCACCCGCCAGCCCCACCCCACAUGCUGGGCCACCCGCAGCUGCUGCACUGCCAUACGUACGGAGGCCAGCCAGGCGCGUACGGACAGCUGAGUCAGCCGCAAUCUCAGCCCCUGCCAUCGCUGCAAGUUCACUCGGUCGCCUCCGCCGCGGCGGCCGCCGGCGCCGCCACGUCCUCUUCCCUGUCGGCGGCAAUGGCGACGGCGAUGGCGGCGGCACCGGUUAAGACCUCAACGCCCAUGAAUGGCGGUGGACCCAACAUUGCGCCAGCGUCACCGCUGCAAGCGCUACCGUACGACAAGGUCAGUGCGUCGCCCGCUGCUUCGUCGCUGUCACCGCCGCCGGCGAUGCCGCCGCUGGCUGUAAUAGCGGCGGCCUCUCAGUCCUGUUCGUCACCCGGAACACCCGCCGCGGCCGCCUCCGCCGCUGCAUCGGCUCAACAUCACAUGCUAGGAUCGCCAGAGAAGAGUUUCGGCUCACUGUCGCGUAAGCUCAAGUUCUGGUCCAUCGCGGCCAGCGGCGGCAGCGCAACUGUCGGCAGCAGCGGCGGCGCUGCAGCCUCCGGCGGCAGCAACAGCUCACAUGUGACGUCCCCCUCCUCCGCCACGGCGACCAGUGUGUGGGAUCAGAUGUCUUCAUUUGGUUCGGGCUCCGCUCGCGGCGCUUCGGCUGCCGCCGGCUCUUCAUCUUCUUCGGCAUCGCAACAGCCAGUGUCGGGCGGACUGUUCGCCUUCGCGCGGCUCGCCAGUGGCCGGUCUAAGAGUAUGGCAGGCAACGCCGCCGCUGCCGCCGCAGCCGCCGCUCAGAUCCGCCCUUCGUCGCCGCCUGCCGCUGCCACGGCGGUGCUAAUCGCGCCGCCGCCGCCACUGUCGCCCAAGACGGCAAAGGCCUCGUCUCUUUAUGCUGGCUUGAGCUCCUCUGACGUCAGCAUGGGCGGUUGUAAUGGGAAUGGGCUGUGUAGCGGGUCGGCUGCGGUUCCGCCCGUGAAUCUAGAGGCACCGGCAUCCCCUUCAGUGGGAAACCGGUGUGCGAAGGCGAGUAGCUUUGCACGUGUCGGCUACUAAGGGGAAAGGGUGGUGCUUACUAGGGAAGAAUAAUAUUGGUGCUUACCAAGUAAGGAAGGGGCAAUGCUGCAUAGGUGGGAUCAGGUGACACCGAGAGCAAGUGGAAGCAAAAGCAAAAAUAGGUGGGGAAUUUAAAUAGAGGGAGGGCAAGAGAGAGAGGGCAGCUCAUGCGCCGGCAACGUGUUGGGAGAGAUGUUGGGAGAGAUGCUGGCAAAGGAUGAAAGCCUAGUGAUGUGCGCCGAGCGAGAUACACGGAGCGUGCGGGGCCUCUUUUGUUUGUAGCAUUGGUUUGGAAGGUAUGUUCCUUUGCGUGCUGAUUGUUAUGGUUCAGGGCAUGCAGCGAUGAACCUUCGGAUCGGUUGUUGCUUGCCGGAUUUUAAAAGGGUCUGUGAGAUACCAGUACCCGAAUGUUAGGUCGUGUCCCCCAUCAUCUGUUGUCCGAAACGGGACGCAAACUGUUGUUUUUCGCAGGUGGUAGGUAUGGGAGGCAGGUAUGGCUUCAUAUUUGAGUGUUUGGAUCCGGUUUGGAGGCAAACGGCUGGAUCCUGUUCAAGGGAUUCCAGGGGCAUUAGCGAACGUGACCCCAAAAAGAUAAUAUGCUACGAACGGACUAGGCGGCCUUUGAGUGACCCCCAACAGAAUAUGUCGAAGUUUUGCGGCAUGGGGAGCAAUGAAGUCAUACGUCUAGGGCACGCGUGCUGCUGCGCUUACGGAUUUUCUUCUGCAAGUUUAGAGUCCUUGCAGAUUGGACGACUGGCCCUUAAACAAAGUUUCUCAUGGAAAAUAGGCCACAAACCGUGGCCUCAGUUUCUAUCACAUCCUGUAUGAGAGUUUGGAGUCUUCAGUCCCCUGCCAUGUGCGCUGCUUGAUUCACUCAGGUGGAGGAGCAGGAGAGAGGCCAGUGUUUUUCCUAGGAGCAUCAGUUUGUUGGGGUGUGAAGGUUCGCCGUCUUUGCAGACGUGAAAGGCGUGACAGUUUAGCAGAGCGCUUAGGAGGACGGCCGUACCUGUUGGUUGGAAAACUUGUGAGUUGCAGCUUUGCAUAGCUUUUUGACAUGUCGUGAACGCAUGUGCAAUUCCGUUCCGGGCGUACAUUGGGGUCUUCGCCCCGUUGUUGUCUUCAUGUGCUUCCCCGUACAUGACGCAUGCGCUGGUAUGCUCGGACGACGGCGGGGAAAGAGGCCGCCAAAGUCCCGGAGCUAGCCUGUGGUGCAGGGCCGAAUUCAUGGUUUGGGGCUUUGUAAUUGCUAGUUCUUGCUCGAGUUGAAUGUGGUUCCAGCAAAGUUGUUUUUGUUUGUAGUUGUACGAUAUAAAGUAUGGUACGGAUGUGAUAUAUCACGGGAUACCACAUACUAUACCAGAGAUGCAAGUUGCGCGGUUGAUAGCAUGUUUGUUGACACGAGCCCCCUGUGCUUUAGCUGCUUUUAGGCAAUGGUAGUUGCCAAGAAACGGUAUCGGGCCAUGUGCCGGCCAUUGGCUGUACCCGACGCCAGAGUGUUGCCACAUUCGAUGUUGCUGUAACUGAGGAUGUAAC